AUGACGGCAUCUGUAAUAAGGGACGCCUCGUGUAGUCGAGGCUGGCUAAGAGUGAUCGUUCAAAUUUUCUUCGGAACGAUAGUAGUGACGAGUUUCAUUUUGAUUCUUUUGAUGGCUACUUCGAGAAAACCAGAUCCAAAACCACCUUCCCGCUGCCGAGUGCGUGAGUGCCACGUUGUGUGCAAAAUGGCACCGUACUUCGAUGAAUACGAAAGUGAUAUCGUGGAUGCUGCUUGGCAAGCAGAUGCGAAUUGUGAGAGCAUAAUAUUAAUUUUAAAGCAGCCGUUCUUCACAAACAAUACACUGCCGCAGAAUUGGCUCUCGGGAACGCGUAGCAAUGUUAAUGAAUUGGCUAUUGUCGGUGGCAAUCUGAAGCACAUAUCACCGUGCGCUUUUAUCAGCCAGUUCUCCAAUAACAUACAGGCGCUCAUUCUAGAAAAUAUACAGUUAACCACAUGGGGACCUGAAACCUUUGUGGGACUCUCGAGUCUUAAACAACUAUAUAUCAAAGACUGCAAGCUUAUAAAUAUAACAAGAAACGCUUUGCAAGCUGUCGACGACACUUUAGAAUUCUUGGAUAUAAAAGCGAGCUUUAUGUGGAAUCCCGCCUAUAUUACGGGCUCAACGAAUCUCGCUAGGCUAAAAGUUGUAGACUUUGCGAUAAAUCCGUUUUACAAUAUAUUGGACAGAUCAAGCUUCACGAAGUUACGGAUGUGCACAACGUUGUUUUUGAAUUCGUGUCGGAUAACCUCGAUUGGAAAAGGUGCUUUUGAUUAUUUGGAUAACAUUAAGAUAUUAUAUUUGAAUGACAAUUAUUUGAAAAUAGUUCCGGCUGGAUUUUUCGAUAAGAUUCUACCACGGCAACCACGACUAGCCCUUCAUGAUAAUCCUUGGAAUUGUGACUGUUCUGAUUCAAUGUUUAGGAGUUUAUUGCCAAGAGAUGUACUAAUGGUGGAUCCGAUGUGCCGUUACCCUGACAGCUUGAAUGGAGUAACUUUUUCUGAAUUUAAUUAUUAUUGCAUGAAUAAAUCAAAAGGAGAAUACAUAACGGUCAUUAAAUCUGAUCAAGAAGAUGUAACUAAUUGCGAUGAAAUAACUAGGACUCCUUUAAAUAUAAACGAUAUUUGUUAUAAAGGCAGUGAUAUUAUAGGUAACAAAACUCACAUUAUUAAUCCGUAUAAUGGUGGUUGUUAUAUAAAUCUAAAACGAGUCGAGAGAGUCAGAAGUUUUUGGUUGUCAAUAUUAAAUAACUCAACAAUUAUUUUCCAUAACAAUAACUGGUUAAGUCUCACAUAUUCAGUACGCAGUAACCAUCACUCUAUGGUAGAAUUGUCAUCAAGCAACAGGGCAGAACAAGGUCUACUCUGGUAUAAAUCUUCAUGUCCUAAUGAAAUUUACUGUUUAAACUUAAUGCCCUCUUCUUUAAGAAUUUUUGACUCCAAAUCAAACAUUCGAUAUGCUUUUUGUCCCUUUGAAACAAAAUCCGGAGAUAUACACGUUAAUCAAUGUGUCUCAUACACUUUAGCUGAUAUUGAUACCUAUAAAUACAUAUAUAUCAUUAUUGGAUACAUACUUAUAUCGAUAAUGUGUGCUUUGUGUGGUGCAAUUUGCAUAUACGCUUUAAUCCAUUAUAAUCCAUAUUUAUUAAGAGGCAACAAAAGAAUUUUGUUUGUAAAACACAAAGAAAUAAAUGCCCUUAUUCUUCCCCCAGAUGUGCCAUUGCGUAAAAAUACCUUAACUGAUUGCAGUUUGACUGAAGGGGAGAUGAAUAAUAUAUUUUUAGUUUCAAAUCAGAUAGAAAGUCUAUCUUCCUUGGAGAGAUCGUUUUCAUUUAAAAGCUCGAAAAGUAUGAAUACCAAUGAUGUGAGUUAUAUAUCAGCUAUACAACCGACGGACGAACAAUUAGCUCAAUGGCGGAUUAGAGAAAAUUAUAAAAAUGUUCAAUACGAUUCCAUAAAGUCGGAUAAUCUCUCUAGCAUUUUUGAUACAGAUUCACUCACAUACUACUCACUGAAAGAAAUAUACGAGACACCGCUCGAAAUGAGCAAGAAGUAAUACAUUAGUGCGUCCAACGGUUGCUAAAAGAAAUAGACGAUUUCAUAAAUCACUUGUCAGUCUAUCACUGUUUUGUGAGCGUUCAUUAAUCAUAGUAUUAAGAGAUAACGAUUAUAGUUUAGCCGGGAGUUCGUAGACGCAUUGAAAUGGUCAGUCGCGUCACGGAGGUGCUCACAAAGUGAAUCGAUUCGUACAGUUGUUUCCGCACGACGUGUAUUGUCUUCGCCGUGAGACGUCAGAUCUAUUUUAAUGACUAGUUCAAAACCAACUGUAGCUCCCUGAAGCGUGAUUAGUGAGUAUCGGUCUAUUAGAUCUCUUGGCACUUUGACGUUUCUAUUUCUUGUUAUUCUAAUAUAUAGUGUAUUAAAUAUUUGUGGACUUUUGAUAUGCUUAUUUUUCUUUUGAAUGUAUUUUUUAUAUUUUGUAUUUUAUAAGAAUUCUAUAUGCUAUUAAUUAUAUUGUGAUACGGAUCAAGCAAAGACAACAAUAAUGUAAAGACUGCCAACAUCAGAUUGGAACGAACUACAUUUUUAUUGGCGUCCCUUACCUGUCGACUGUGGCUCGAUACUUGGCACAGAUUAAUUGGA